UUUUCUUCCUUUUACUGUAUAUAGAUCUAGAUCUGCUAAGUACGUGCAUGACAAAGGCAGUGAAAAUUAUGAAGAAAAUGGUGUUGUUCAUGAUUGCUUUGGUCAUAACGAUUUCAAUUGUCAGAGCGACAGCAUAUGAUCAUGUCGUCGGAGAUGAUCGAGGCUGGGACCCUGCCACCAGGCUCUCCGGUUGGUCCUCGGGAAGAACCUUCAAAGUUGGUGAUAAGAUCUGGUUCGCUUACUCGGCAGCAUUGGAAAGUAUAGUGGAGGUGGGGAGUCGAGAAGAGUACGAAACGUGUGACGUGAGCAACCCAAUCCGAAUGUACACAGAUGGGUUGAACAGUGUUUCCCUUGAGGAAGAAGGAAACCGCUAUUUUGCAAGUGGGAAAGAAGAGAGCUGCAAGAAUGGACUGAAGCUCAAAGUGGAGGUGCGACAUCCGUUGUCAUCAAUAUUGGACAUUCCUACAACAUAUGAAUUAGAUUCUGAACUUGUUUCUUUUGCUCAAGGCCCUGCCGCUACUUCCGGCACAACCCAUCUCACAGGAGGCACUACUCUGGUGAUAUUGUUCCUGGGAAUACUACUACUGCAGGUUGGCCUAUUCUGAAUUAAUUAAGGAUGGUUGAAUGGAUAAUCAUAUGAUAUCUAUGUUUGUAGAGUGUCUUUGAGUUUAAGUUCAAUGUGUUUUAGCAUAUUGUAAUAAUAUUAAUUUGAGAUAUCUAUGUAUUUUUAUAUUUUAAAUUCAACAAAAUAUUUAUACUAAGAUGAAUUUGUAAUAUUCUUAUAUACUUUAUAAGUUUGGUUCUUUUGAAUGUUAGAUGA